ACAAACGUGUUGAUGACUGGUUCUUGAUGCAAUCUCCAUUUCCAACACUGACAAUAAGCACCCUUUACCUCAUCACUGUCUGGCUGGGCCCCAAGUGGAUGAGGACAAGAGAACCCUUCCAACUGCGCUUCUUGCUGAUUAGCUACAACUUUGGAAUGGUUCUACUUAACUUCUAUAUUUUUAAAGAGCUAUUUUUUGCAUCUAGCGCUCGAGGUUACAGCUAUAUCUGCCAGACUGUGGAUUAUUCAGAUAAUAUUUAUGAAAUGAGGAUAGCUGGUGCUUUAUGGUGGUACUUCCUCUCAAAAGGAAUUGAGUACCUGGACACAAUAUUUUUCAUCCUGAGGAAGAAAUUUAACCAAAUCAGUUUCCUUCACGUCUAUCACCAUUUCACUAUGUUCACUUUGUGGUGGAUUGGUAUCAAGUGGGUUCCAGGAGGACAAGCUUUUUUUGGAGCCCAAAUGAAUUCUUUUAUUCAUGUUGUUAUGUACAUGUACUACGGAUUAGCUGCCUGUGGCCCUAAAUUUCAGAAAUAUCUGUGGUGGAAACGAUACUUGACCAUAUUACAAAUAAUUCAGUUCCAUGUGACUCUGGGCCACACAGCCAUGUCUAUUUAUAUCGACUGUCCCUUCCCUAAAUGGAUGCACUGGGGUGUAAUGAUCUAUGCUAUCACCUUUAUUUUCUUGUUCGGUAACUUCUACUAUCGGACAUAUAAAAUACCCAAGGAAUCCAUUCAGAAUGGCAAAAUAGUGAAUGGAGCUGUUGCAAAUGGUGUUAACAGACCAGCAAACAAUCUAAUGGUGGAACAUGGAAAAAGGCAGAACAAGGAAAAAGCAAAAGGAGAGUAACUUAUCCAGGCCUUAGCCAUUGCUGGCAGUGGGGAACCUCCAGUUUGGCUUAAAAAGAAAAAGGAAAAAAAACACUCUGUACUAAUUAACCCUUAGUUUACCGAAGAGCUAGAACACAGAUAUUUUCAUUAUUCAUGAAGAUUGUUUUAACAAAAAUGCUUCAAGAUAAAUUUCUGUUACAAUUAUAUAAUUAUCAAGAAUUUGAUGAUCUCUGUGAAACCUUUCAGACCACUGGCACUGGUAAAUAGAACAAAGAAUUGCAGUUUUAGCAGUCUAAAGGUUAAUAUUAACAAUGAUGCCACUGAUUUGUUGAAGACCACAUUUCUAUGUGGAAAAAGGUAGCUUUUGAGUAUUUCUGUUUUUGACAGAAAUUUAUUAAAUUCUAAAUUAUGAUGUUGCCUGUUCUGAUCAGAAAAAUACAUUUUCUCUCAUUAAUUAGGGAUAUAUCAAGACAGUUAUGUUUAUAUGCUGCUAGAACAGUUUGUUGAGUUACCAGACUCUCCUUGUUUUAAUUGUCUGCUACAAUUUUUCUUAUAUUGUGAAAAUAUACCUACCUCUUCAUCUGCUGAAAAGAACAUUUAGCAUUAAAUAACUUUAAUUUUUGAAAUACAGAAUCCUGUAAUAUAAAUGUCAGUUAAUGCUAAUUGGAGGGGAAAAAAGCUUUCCUGAAAAAAUAUAUUUUCACCUGUUUUGUAGAAUUAUCAUCUGUCUCUUUUAAUGCAAACUCGGAAUGGUAUUCUGGAUGUGAUUAAGUGGGAGAAAAACUUUUUUAAAACAUAUUUAUAUGAAACAAAGACCAUCUCAUGGCCUAAGAUAAUCCAUCUGAUAUAAGGCUAUUCUACCUUUUUUCCCACCUGCAUUAAACCCAUGGUGCUAACUCUUGUAACACUCAAAAUGAUUGUAUGGUGUUAUGGUGAAAAGGAACAUACUGUAGAACGUAAUCCUUCUUUUGCAAAUGCUAUGCUUAUUCGAUGCCAGUCAGGUAAAUAAAAAACAGGCACACUUCCUCAGGAGAAAGAAUGUUCAGUUAAAGUACAUUGUUACACCAAAUACGUUGUAAGUAUAUAAUAUUCUGGGAAUGUCUAACUAUAAGUUGAUCUUGUGUCUUAGUACUAUAAUGAGUGUAGACUACAUGUCUGUGUAAGCAUAUACUGUAUGUACACAAAUGGUAUUGUUUGCAGGCCACUGUCUAAUAUUAAUGAUAGAGGUAGGUUGUCUGGCAUUCCUCCAAUAUUGCUGGCUCUUGUCAGUCUAAGUUACAGAGUUGCUCUGCCCAAAACAGCUAUAAGAAGACAAAGGCUUCACAUAGAUGAAUCUUUCCUUCUGUGAGGAAAGCAUGGCAAUAAUUAUUAUUCCUUUUCUGCUAAGAUGUGGAUACUGAGGCAUAGAGAAUUAUCAUUUGUGCCAGCUCACAGUGAAUAUGAGGCAGAGCUGGGACUACAGUGUAGAUCUCUAAACUUCUGCUUCUCUGUUUAGGCCAUGAGACCUGGUCUGCAGGUUCCCAGAUAAAUUUCUGAUAUUUAUUAUUAAAAACAAGUUCAUCACUACUCAAAUCUCUUACAUUGGGGAAAUGGUACAAUUUUUAAAGCAAGAAUUUGUAAGAAGCUCUGUAUGUAGAAGUUAAAAUAUUAACUCAAUUUUAAAUUGUUAACUAUUAUCCAUCCUCCCUAUAAUAAACAAUAGGCAAACAAAACCAACUCCUCUUCUGUUACUGUUUCUGUCCUUCCCCAUUUUACUGUAUCCAAAUGCCAAGAUAGGUAUGCAAGGAAGAAAACUUCAGAAUAUAACCUAUAGUACUGAAAAUAGGGGUUACAAUGGAAGGCAUUUUUUCUGUAGGAAGCCUUCUGGCUGUCCCUAAGCAGAAUACAUGACAGGGUACUGGACUGCUAGAGCACAGAGGCUCUGUUGCAUUGGAAUUGGUCUACGACCAUUAAUUAUUUUAUUGACCUAGUCUUGAUGCUCUUAAAAAUCCUCUCUGAAUUUGUACAAAUGUAUAUUUCUCUGUAAUGGUAAUCAUAAAGCAUGUGGGAGGGGGAAAAGGAAAGUCUUACAUACAAGGAAAGUCAAUUUUCUCAAGGUCUUCUCAAACAAAUUUGCAUGUAGUCUCCCUAUUUCUAGUAAGCUAGCCUUUUGGCUGGGAUGGUUUUUCUUCCUUUCUUUUUAAGCCAAAUUAGUUGAAAUGUUGCAUACAUUUAACAUCUGGCUCCUAAAGGGCCUCUCGAGAUUCUUUUGAAAUAAAAUUUUCAUCUUGCAUGUUGACCAGUACAGGCAGUCCCCGGGUUACGUACAAGAU